CGUGCGCCUCGGCGAGUUGUGGCCGCGAAGAGAAGGAGAACGCGCCGAAAUCGCGCGCACUUGUCACGAAGAGGAAGAAAAGAUCGAACGUGCCGAAGGCGCGCGCACCGCUGGACCCCGCGGACGGCUGCGUCCACAGCCGGCGAAACGAUGUCCGUUGACGGUGAACAGCUGGGGUCCACGGCGGACGUCAGCGAAAUGUUUGACAAGGACUUCGUGGUGGAGAGCGUGCUCGAGCACCUGGGCACCGAGGAGCUCUUCACGUGCGCAGAGGUGAACCGACUGUGGCAGUCGGUCGCCCUGUCUCUGCUGAGGAAGAAACUGAUCUCCGUUUCCAUCUGCUGUUCACCGGAAACGGAGCCGCCGAGCCAGGAGCCAGUGCAGGACAGGCUGCACGCGUGCGUGGAGAUCAUGUGCUCAAAGUUCGCUCGCUACCGAAACAUUGCGCGCCUGGCCGGCAUGCGGCCAUCCCUUGUGUUCCUGUCCUAUCACGCCGACCUGAACGAAGACAGGAGGGUGGUCGACUGCGUGCGCGAGCUGCUCCCCUUGAACUCAGUCAUCGUGUAUUUCAAGUUGGAGCUCAUCCGAAUGGCCGACGACUCCGAUGACAGCUCGCACGAGGGCGUCUUCGGCGAGUUCUUAUUCCACGCCGAGCCAAUCGUGCGACGUGAGCCGAGUGACGACGACGACCAGCAGCAACCGCUGCCGCCGCCGCCGCCGGACAGCCCCGUCCCCGGCCCGUCGUCGCAGUCUGCGCCGAGCCAGGCGCAGGAGCGUCGUUCCGAAGGCGAGCCACCACCAACACCGCCAGCCGUUCCGGUUGCUAAUGCUGCUGCUGCCCCCUUCGCGGCGGACGCACCCGCCGAUGGAUCGCUGCCGGCCGCGGCGUUGCCUGUCGUCUGGCCACGUCCCCGCAUUCCAUCGACGGGCAGAGGCAGCGGCGCCGUCUUCCACAACGUGCUGCCCGGCGUGCUCAUGUUCCAGGCUUUGCACGUCACCGAAGGCACCCUGGAGGCGGACGUCGCCAACUCCCGGUUCACGGAAGAGGCCACCGGCAGGAUCAUAAAGGUGACCUCGGUGGCCAUCUUCAACGCCAUGCAGAGCAGUCGCUUGGACCCGUUCAUGCGCAGCCUGGGAGAGAGCUUCGGCCCCACGACCGACACCAUCGCGGUGGCGUUCCCGCGCAACCAGGACGAGGCGCGGCUCGAGCUGGAGGCCUUCGAGCGCAACUUUCCGAGGGUGCCCGCGCUGGCCAACCAGGCCACAGAGUUUAACGUGGACGGCCAGUUCGCGCCCAUUGGCCGCCUGAAGCUCAUACUGCUGCUUAUCAGGCUCCUCGACUAAGAAGGUUCAAGCACAGGACUUGAGCUCGGCGGCCAAGUGCACCAUCAGAGGACGGCCGAGUCGUAUUCAUAGAUUUAUGUCAAGGAAAAAAAAAAGAGACAAGAAGAAGAAAGAAAAAAAGCGCUACCAAUAAGUUUCAGUUAUCUUGGGAAUAUCGCGCUUUAAUAUUCGUUUAAAUAUUUAUCAUUUUUUUUAUUGGAGCUACCGCGCGUAGUCUUGGCACGCGUGCACGAUUCCGCCACAGGAUGUGUAUAAGGCGCGUCACAAGAACCUUGGGCUACAUGUAUACAUCUUCCCCGAUAUACCCGAAGACAACAGCUGCUUCUAUUUGCCUAAACACACAAAUGAGCAUGUAAAACGUGCUGCUGGGCUAGUUGUCAGCAGUUCUUGAGCACGGACAAGAAAUCGUUGCUGAUCACGCCACCUGUCGUGAUGACGGAGCGCGAGCUGAUCUACGCACAGUCGAACACAGUUUCGUAGCCCCGUCGCACUCGCGCACCGCACGGAGUGAUUAGGAAUACGCGCGUUGAACAGCGUUUUCAGAUUAAAUUUAGAUAAACAUU